AUGGACACCGACGAGACCGUCCUGCCUCCGGCAAAGAGAUCAGCGCUAACGUCGCCGGAGAAUCCGGACAAGCAUGUAUACGGUCAUCCGAGCUACGACGUCGUGAUUGCCGGGAAGGUAUCUGGUCGGAAGUGGAAACAUGUGCGACAGAGGAGGGCUUCGGCUACGCAAGUGAGCCGGAAAGGGACGACUUUCGAGCAUAGAGAAAGAGAGAAGAUGAUUAAGAAGGCAUACAAAAAAAGAAUGAUGGAGCUGAAAAAGGAGAUUCGGUUGAACAAGAUUGAAAAGAGGAAGAAGAGAGAGGAUAGGGAGAAGAAGAAGCAGGAGAAUAUUCUCAAAUCUGGAACCAAGUUCCAGAAGAUUACCAACCCUAACACUUUGAAGAAGAUUGCCAAAUCAAAAAAUCGGAAGCAGCUUAGGAUGGUUCUUGAUGAAUUGCUCAAGAAAUAA